AAGGAUACCAAUGAAUUUAUGAUAAACAAUCAUAUUCUCAUAAGAUUGAUUGAUCAAAUAUAAUAAAGGACCAGACUUUAAAGGUAUUAAAUAUAAUAAUGGGAUAUUUGUACCAGAGACAAGACCCGCUCUUAAUGCUAGAUUGAAAGAAUCAUCCAUUGGUAAUUUGUACCAAAACACAAAUCCGUUGAUUAAAUAAUAGGUGGAUAUUAUGAUACAUGUUUUAUAAUCGUUGAAUAGGUAUGAAAAUAUGGGUAGUGAUGGUUUAGUUAAUAGAAAUGAUUGUAACUUUAAUGAUUGGAUUGACCAAAAUGAUUUUGAUGAAGAUGAAGGGGAGUUGAGUGUUCUUCUUUUGGCAAGGUAUGUUAGCAAUUUGGUUAUUUGGAUGAUGAGGGUUAAAGAUAUUAAUAAAAUGAUUGCUCCAUAUUGAU